AUGCCUCGUCCGGGGAGAAACACGUACAGCGAUCAGAAGCCACCUUACUCCUACAUCUCGCUCACUGCCAUGGCGAUCCAGAGCUGCCCGGAGAAGAUGCUGCCACUCAGUGAAAUUUACAAGUUCAUCAUGGAUAGAUUCCCUUAUUACAGAGAAAACACCCAGCGAUGGCAGAACUCUCUGCGUCACAACCUGUCAUUUAACGACUGUUUCAUCAAAAUCCCCCGGCGCCCAGAUCAACCAGGUAAGGGCAGUUUCUGGGCUCUGCACCCCAACUGUGGGGACAUGUUUGAGAAUGGAAGUUUUUUGAGGCGCCGCAAAAGGUUCAAAGUGUCGCCCGUGUCUGAUCAUUUGGCUCCCAGCAAGCAGUCGGAUGCUGCCCAUUACCUCCAACAGCAAGCCAAGCUGAGACUGAGCGCCCUGGCAGCCACCGGCACACACCUCCCUCAGAUGUCAACUUACAACCUCGGAGUGUCUCAGUCAUCAACUUUCAAACACCCCUUUGCAAUUGAGAACAUCAUCGCCAGAGAAUACAAGGUCCCGGGAAGUCUGGCGUUCUCCACCAUGCAGUCCAUGUCUGCCGGGUACCCGCUUCACAACCAGCUGACGACAGCCUGGCCCCACAUGUACAACACCAGCGUGAUUGACACGGCGGCCCCAAUAUCCAUGGCAAGCAGCGACUACAGUGCCUAUGGCGUGCCCAUAAAAUCCCUGUGUCACGGGGGACAGUCCUUACCGGCUAUCCCGGUGCCAAUCAAGCCCACCCCGACGUCCAUGCCCGGUUUCUCGGCGCUACCUCCCCACAUCCCCGCUUUUCUAUCAAACUCUCCGCAGUCUCUGAGCCCGACGUCCCCACAGACAGCGACGAGCCAAAGCAGCCCCGCAACCCCGAGUGAGACUCUGACGAGCCCCUCCACUCUACAGUCUGUGGCUGUGCACUGA